CGCCCGCGGCUAAGCAUGAAGGCGGCUUCGGUGGUGACCACAACGGCGGCUGCUGCUGCUGCGGCGGCGGCUGCUGCUGCUGCGAUGGAGCCGGGCCCUUCUGUGUCUCCGGGGCCUUCGCGCUCCUUCAAAGAGGAGCUGCUGUGCGCUGUAUGCUACGAUCCGUUCCAUGACGCGGUGACGCUGCGCUGCGGCCACAACUUCUGCCGCCGGUGUGUGAGCAGCUGCUGGGAGGUGCAGACGACGCCCUCAUGCCCGGUGUGCAAGGAACGAGCGGCUCCCGGGGAGCUGCGCACCAACCACACGCUCAACAACCUGGUGGAGACCCUGCUGCGGGAGGAGGCCGAGGGCGCGCGCUGGACCGGUCGCCGAUCCCCGCGCCCCUGCCGAGCGCACCGCGCCCCUCUUACGCUCUUCUGCCUGGAGGACAAAGAGCUGCUGUGCUGCGCCUGCCAGGCCGACCCCCGACACCAGGAGCACCGCGUGCAGCCCAUUAAGGACACUGCUCAGGACUUCCGGGCCAAGUGUAAGAACAUGGAGCAUGUGCUUCGAGAGAAAGCCAAGGCCUUUUGGGCCCUGCGGCGUACCUAUGAGGCCAUCGCCAAGCACAAUGAGGUGCAGACGACUUGGCUGGAAGGCCGCAUUCGGGAUGAGUUUGACAAGCUCCGAGAUUUCCUGAGGGUGGAGGAACAGGCCACCUUGGAUGCCAUGAAGGAAGAGAGCAGAAAGAAGCACCUGCUGGCUGAGGAGAAGAUGAAACAGCUGGCAGAACAGACUGAAGCCCUGGCUCGAGAGAUUGAGCGUCUGCAGAUGGAGAUGAAGGAAGAUGACAUGACCUUCCUCAUGAAACACAAGAGCCGAAAACGCCGGCUCUUUUGCACUGUGGAGCCAGCUCCUCUCCAGCCUGGCUUGCUUAUGGAUGCAUGCAAGUAUCUGGACUCCCUGCAGUACCGUGUCUGGAAGAAGAUGCUUGGAUCUGUGGAAUCUGUGCCCUUCAGCUUGGAUCCCAAUACAGCUGCUGGUUGGCUCAAAGUGGCUGAUGACCUCACAAGUGUCAUCAACCAUGGCUACCGAGUGCAGGUGGAGAAUCCAGAGCGUUUCUCCUCGGCACCCUGCCUGCUGGGUUCUCAGGUUUUCUCGAAGGGCUCCCAUUCUUGGGAGGUAGAUGUGGGUGGCCUGCCGAGCUGGCGAGUAGGUGUGGUGAGGGUGCAGGCUCAUGCACAGGCACAGGCUCAGGCAGAUGUAGGUGGUGAAGGCCACUCACAUAGCUGCUAUCACGACACACGUUCGGGCUUCUGGUACCUAUGCCGUACACAGGGUGUGGACGGAGACCACUGCAUGACUUCAGACACAGCCACCGCCCCUCUGGUCCAGGCCAUGCCACGCCGCCUGCGUGUGGAGCUGGAGUGUGAGGAGGGUGAGCUGUCCUUCUAUGACUCUGAGCGCCACUGCCACCUGUAUACCUUCCAUGCCCACUUUGGGGAAGUAAGGCCCUACUUCUAUCUGGGGACCUCUCGGGGUGAUGGUCCCCCAGAGCCUCUGCGCAUCUGCCAUCUGCGAGUCUCCAUCAAGGAAGAACUGGACAUCUGAGCUGCCAGAGUCUGCUGAACACUGGGCUGUUUUGUUCCAACAUCUUCUGGUAGCCCACUAUUGACACCAUUCAGCAUCCUGUAUCCUGUCUUUUCUGUAACUUCACAUCCUCUUGUGCCUCUGUCUUUAUUUUUGGUUGCUUUUCUGCCCCCAAAGUCAAGAGCCAUCCAAGAGAUGCUUGGUGAGCCUGGGCACCAUUUAGAGUCAUGGCACUUUCGGGAUGUGGGUUUUCUGAUUUCCUUUGUCCUUCUAGAAUUGCUGAUGAAGAUGUUUUCUUGUAGAAUGUACAUCUAUAAAUGUAGGUGUGACUGUUUUUAGAGAUGAUCAGGCCAGCCUAUCAGAGAUGCUUCUUGUUGAGUCAGUUUGUCAUUUCUAUUUCCCUAUCAGGCCACACAGGGGAGCCCCAGGGGUAGUUUUGUAAGACAGUAAGACAAGCUAGGCAUUGGCCGGCCUAACUGGGUGGUGUGACUUUUGGCAGUUGGUCUAAGGCCCAGGAGUUCCUCUGUUUGUGUGAUGGUUAGGACAGGAAGGCCCUGGCCUGCUCUGUGGGAACUGUGUAGGGUGUGGGGUACUCUGGCAUACAGCUCAGAGUUAGUGGAUGUCACAGGAAAGGCCGCUCUAAGGCUUUUGGCAGUGGCUAAGGAUUGACCAGUUUCAAGUCAGUGACAGGCAGAAGCAACAGAACGCAGGGAGAAGAGAAGAUAGCUGAUGCUGCCUGGGCACGGACCCAAGCCCUGCUCCUCAUUCUGAGUCAGAGCUUCUAGGUGGCAUGCAAUUGACCCUGGUUGACCAAUCAGGGUCCGUUCAUCCUUUGAAAUUGUCCAAAGUUUCUAGAACACUUUAAAAACAUUGACCUGUUUUUGCUCCUCCUCUCUGUCUCUCUCUGGGCCUUAGUUUCCGUGUCUGUGAGUUACUAGUGGUCUUGGAAAUCAUGGGAGAAGUUCUGAGAAGGGGCUGUUUCAGUUAGGAACUGAAAGGCUCCAGAUUGCAGUCUGACAACCAUGGGGAUGGGAGAGUCCUGUCCCUCUGCCCUCUCGUCAUUGGCUUCAGUCCACUUGUUCUUGCUCUGUUCUCUACCAGGUUUCACCCCAAUUUGUCCUUUGUGUUUACCUCCACAUUUUCUUUCUCAGUCAUGCUUGUAGAUGGAGUCUAAUUGCUAGCUACCAAGCCCCGAGGAAUAUUGUAAGGAGAAAUAUCUUCCCAGGUGCACUGUUGUAAUCAGGGACACAUUACUGACCUAGGACUUGGCAUCCCAUUUUCAGCCUGCACCCCUUAUUACAUAAGCCUGAAGUUUUAAACCAUGCCACUCGCCCACUAAUUGGCUAUAAAUGGGUCAUUUGCAUUGCUUCUCUGACAAGUGGGGCCUCAGAAGAAACACUACAAUGCAGGCCAAACUGGGAACAGGGAUAGCGUUGGCAGAUGCUUGGGCACUUUGGGAUCCAAGUAGGUUUGAAAGGAAAUGCCCUUGGUGUGGUGCUUUCUGUUUCUACACAAGGAACUUUCUCUGAAGUUACUGUUACAAUGAGCUUUUUAUUUUCACUUUAAUUCUUUUGAAAUAGAGUAAUUUCAGUGAUCUAGACUCCUUUAGAAAAAUUUUAUUGAACCCACAACUAACAAUGUUUUCUUUCAGUGCUUUUGUAAACACAGAUUCCUAUUGUAAUUUGUACCUGACCUGAUGCUUUCCAUUGUAAGAUUUCAUGGUGUGCAGUGAAUGUACUGUUUAGUUUGUAAGUUGGUGGACAUUUGACUUGUUGCAGCUUUUUUUAAGCUAUUAUGAGUACAGCUGCUAUGAAAUUUGUGUGCAAGUUUUGUGUGGACGUGUCUUUUUUUUUUUCCCCCCCUUCUCUGUUGUAUACCUUGGAGUUUGUUUUCCAGGUCAUAUGAUAAUUAUAUUAAACCCUUUGAGGACUUGCCAAACUGUUUCUAAUAGAGCCGUACCAUUUUCUACUCUCACCAGCAGCAGAUGAGGGCUGGGUUGUAACACAUUCUUGCCAGCACUGUCUGCCCUCUAGCUUAGCUAUCCUGGUGAGAAAGCAGCUUGUCUCAUUUGACCUGUAGCUGCCACCCCUGACGGCUGGAAACGGAACAUCUUUUCUCAUGUCUGCUGUGUAUCUACUUUUAAGAGACUUCCAAACCUUUGCCCCUUGGGUUGUCUGUCCUCUCAUUAUGAAGUUUUAUGAGUUUGUUAUGCAUUCUAAAUAAAAGUUCCUCUGUCAGAUAAAUUACUUAUAAAAACUUUCCUCCUAUUCA